AUGAAAAAAGUAGAAGAUAUUAUUAAAGAUCUCAAAAGACGUUGUUUUUCACAAGACAAAGCAAAAGGUGUCAAGGUGGAUGGUCAAAAUGUCAUAACAAUCGAUGGUCAAGAUGACAACAAGGACAACAAAGAUACCCAAAUGAAACCAUUAUUAGAUGACGAGCCAAUGGAUGAACAAGUUGGGGUUGACGCCCAAAUGGAACCUCUUUCUGGUGGUCAAGAUGAUGAUGAUGAUGGCGACGAUGACCAUCAUGCAUUUACAGAUUUCCAAGAUGAGGAAAAGUUAAAAAAUUUAACAGACAAGGAUUUAUCAAUUGCACUAGAUUCUAUCCCGCUCUUUGUCGAGAUUGCUCUCAAUGUGGCCUUUUAUGACAAGAUUGAUGAUUAUAUUCUCAAGAUUUUUAAAGAUAUUGGUUAUCCUGGUUUUGUCGUGUCGGAUGACGCAAAACAGAGAAGGAAAAACAAAAAUUUUGUUAAAGACAAAACUGUUAUCUUUUUUGGUGAUGCUGUAUUCAGACUCUAA